AUGGAAAACGAAAAUUCAGAUGAAAUAAAUCUUGACGGACAGUACGAACAUGGCGUAGGCGGAAUGCUUGCUGUCUCAAAGAAAGGAUAUGAAUUCGCAAAUGCAUUCUCCUCGUUUGUUCC